AGCGCGCGUUCGGGGUCGCGAUGUCGGCGCAGCCGUGCGGCCCGGGGCAGCGGCGCGCGGAGCCGCCGGGCGCCCGCUUCAUGCUGGGGCUGGACGUGGGCAGCACGGUGAUCCGCUGCCACGUCUACGACCGGACGGCGCGGGUUCGCGGCUCCAGCGCGCGGAAGGUGCAGACCCUUUAUCCUAAGCCUGGCUGGGUAGAGAUUAAUCCUGAUGUUCUCUGGGCUCAGUUUGUGGCCGUGAUUAAAGAUGCUGUCAAAGCUGCCGGAGUCCAGAUGAGUGAGAUCGCCGGUCUUGGUAUAUCCACGCAGAGAGCCACGUUUACCACAUGGGAUAAGAAAACGGGGGCUCCCUAUCACAACUUCAUCAGUUGGCAAGACACCAGGGCGUCUGAACUCGUCAAAUCUUUGAAUAAUUCUCUCCUAAUGAAGAUCCUGAGGAACUCCUGUGGACUGCUCCACUUGUUCUGUAGGAGUCAGCGGUUGUUAACCAUGAGCCGCUUUGUCUUCACCACCCAGCAGGCCUCCCCGCGACUGGCGUGGGUUUUACAGAAGGUGCCCGAGGUGCAGAAGGCGGUGGAAGAAGACACCUGUUGCUUUGGGACCAUCGACACCUGGUUGUUGUACAAGCUCACAAAAGGUUCGGUCUAUGCCACAGACGCCUCCAAUGCCAGCACGACGGGAUGUUUUGACCCAUUUAAGAUGUGUUGGAGCGGGCCCAUCACCUUCCUGAAUUCCAUCCCGCUCUCCAUCCUGCCCCCCGUGAAGGACACCAGCUACCACUUUGGAUCUGUGGAUGAAGAGAUAUUUGGCGUGCCCAUCCCAAUAGCUGCCUUGGUGGGUGACCAGCAGGCGGCCAUGUUCGGGGAGUGCUGUUUCCACAGAGGGGACGUGAAGCUCACCAUGGGCACCGGGACCUUCUUGGACAUCAACACGGGAAACUCCCCGCAGCACACGAUGGGAGGCUUUUAUCCACUGAUUGGGUGGAAGAUUGGACAGGAAGUCGUGUGCUUGGCAGAAGGCAACGCGGGGGACACUGGCACUGCUAUCCAGUGGGCCCAGCAGUUAGAUCUUUUCUCAGAUGCUGCCGAAACGGAAAAAAUGGCCAGAAGUCUGGAAGAUUCCGAAGGAGUUUACUUUGUCCCUUCCUUUAGUGGGUUACAGGUUCCGUUAAACGACCCCUGCGCGUGUGCGGCCUUCAUGGGCCUGAAGCCUUCCACCAGCAAAGACCACCUCGUCCGCGCCAUUCUGGAGUCCAUAGCGUUCAGAAACAAGCAGCUGUACGAGCUGAUGCAGAAGGAGAUUGGCAUCCCCAUCACCACCAUCCGGGCCGACGGAGGCGUGUGUAAGAAUGGAUUUGUCAUGCAGAUGACGUCAGACCUGAUCAAUGAGAAUAUUGACAGACCCACCGACUUCGAUAUGUCCUGCCUAGGUGCGGCCUCUUUGGCUGGCCUUGCUGUCGGGUUUUGGAAUGACAAGGAGGAACUGCAGAAGCUGAGACAAAGUGAGACGGUUUUCAGGCCACAGAAGAAGUGUCAAGAGUAUGCGCUAAACAUGGAAAACUGGGUCAAAGCCGUGAAGCGCUCCAUGCACUGGUAUAGCAACACAUAGCAUAGCGCUCAGGCCCCCCCACCAAUGGAGGACGGAUGAUGGACAUGCCAAUGAGCCAAUGAGCUGCCGCUCAGGGAUUCCUAAGCCCGCCCACAGAGGACAACCUUCAAAAUGAGCCUCAUAGCCUGCUCUUGAACA